AUGACCAACCCAAACUUCACCACACUGGUGGACACCUUUGACCUGGUAACUAACCUGACCAACCCAAACUUCACCACACUGGUGGACACCUUUGACCUGCACCUGGUGGACACCUUUAACCUGGUAACUAACCUGACCAACCCAAACUUCACCACACUGGUGGACGCCUUUGACCUGGAGCUGCCUGAGAAUGAGAACCUUCACCCUCCCCUGAACAUCAGUGUGGUGGACUGGCGAGCGUUCGGACGCUCCACCGUGGUGGGAAACUACACCAUCAACAACCUGAAGCCCUUCAAAUACACCCCUCCCCCUGCGCUGUCUGCGCCAACCUCACCACGGGGACCUGCCAGCAGAGAGGGCUCCAGCGCUGCUUCAUCCAACCCCGUCCUGAACUUCCUGCUGUACGUUCCAGAUGCACGUCACUCCCCCCUCUACAUCACCGACCACCGCAAAUACACGGUCGCCUCCAACGCCUUCAGCUCCCCGCGGUGGGGUGGCAUCAUGGUGUAUAAUGUCAAUGGGACAGAGCUUCCUGUUGACAUCAACAUAGACAUGACCAGAGUGAUGGGAGUCUUCCUAGCGCAGCUACGGCUGAUGUUAGGUGUCCAGUCGUCAGCCCCUCCCCCUGGCUUCCUGGUUGGCCCGUGUGGCCCCGCGGGAUUGGCUGACUGGGAGUUGGAUCGCCUCCUAUGGAGUCGCAGUGUAGAGAACGUUGCCACGGCAACGACAACCAUCACCUCAUUGGCCCAGCUGCUGGACCAGAUAGGAAACAUCGUCAUCAACGACAACAUCGCAGAACAGGUGUCGGCGGCAGUUGCCUCUCUCCAGUUGGCUGUGGGUCAGUUGGAGGCGGGGAACCUGGGCCUGGCCCUGCAGUACAGUAAGGAAGCUAUCCUCCAAUCAGAACGAGCCUUCUUCGACCCCUCCCUCCUCCACCUCCUCUACUUCCCUGACGAUCAGAAGUUUGCCAUCUACAUCCCUCUCUUCCUGCCCAUGUGUGUCCCCAUCCUGCUCUCACUGCUCAAGAUGGCCGCCGAGGCCCGCCAGAGGCGAAGGGAGAGACAGGACAAGAAGGACUGAGAGUGAGAUGUAGGUUAUUAAGAUGGAGAGAUCGACCGAUGAACGGGCACACGCACAGUUGGUUCACUGAUCAACAAAGUGUUUAAAGGAAACUGUCUGGACUCAGAAAUUAUUUGAAGACCAUUAGAAAUACAUGGGGCCGUAUUGAUCAACCUUCUCACAAUAGGAGUGUUGAUUUAGGAUCAGUUUUGCCUUUCAGAACACAAUGAACAAGAUAAUAUGGACGGGGGGGGGGACCUGAUCCUAGAUCAACACUCCUCUGAUUAUAUGGACGGG